AAGUAAUCCAGGGGGAACCAACGAGGAGGAGGCCACAGUCAGACCAUCUCUUUGAAGAUACCCAGGGGGAUUUUGUCCUUCAACAUUUCUCUAGCCCCUGGGGAAGGGACCUCAAAGCUCUGAGCCCUGGUGUCCAUUUGCCCAGGGGGCCAGAUUUCUCCCAGGCUGGGGAGGUUUCCUGGAUUGUAAAAGUUGGGGAGGGCCUGGAUCCAAGGACAUGGGCCUACAUUCCCCUCCUCUCUCACACCCCUUUAUUAGUACCAAGAAACUAAGAGACAGUGUUCCCAAGACCAGGACCUGAGACAGGUUUCCUACCCAGCACUCGGCAUCAGAUACCAACAUGAAGAUCGUCCUGCUCUUUGGUUUGCUGACUUUAGCUGCUGCUCAGUUCACUAAUAAGAGAAAUGAAAAUUCUGACGCCACAUUUUUGGCCUACCUGAAAUCUGACUACCAGCCUUGUGUGGGCACCUUGAUCCACCAGCAGUGGGUGGUGACAGCUGCUCACUGCUACCUACCAUACCUCCAGGUGAAAAUAGGUACUCCAAACCAAAACAUUAAGGGUUGGCUCCAGGAUCAGGAAAUAAACUAUGAAUUUAUCUUCAGACAUCCAAAUUUCACGGCAGACUCUCCAGAACAUGACAUAAUGUUGAUCAAGCUGGACAAGUCCAACAACCUCCAUGUGUUAGUGGACCUGCCUACUAGCAUCAGUGACCUAAAUGGAUCAAUGUGUGUUAUUUCUGGCUGGAGUCAGAACUGGAAAUAUCCUUUCAGAGAUGCAGACAUCCAGAUAAAUCAAAUGGCUCAGUGGCUUUCUCCCAUUCAAUGCAAGGGAGCCUCUUCAAGAAACAUCACUAUAAGGAGCAUGAACAACAUGUUCUGUGCAGGAAUGUAUCCACAUCAGCAGAAUUUCUGUCAGGAGGUGUCUGCUGCUGCCGCCAUUUGCAAAGGACAGCUCCAUGGGAUCCUGUCCUGGACGGAUGGGUGUGUUCUGAAAGGUGAUAUCGGCUUCUACACCAAAGUAUCCAGAUAUAGAGACUGGAUCCUUGACAUUAUCAAGAAGAACUGAGGCAUCGCUGUUCCCUGUGCUGACGACCAUAGGUCAAGGUAUAACAUUGCUAGUCCUUUCUUCUGCCUCCAGCCUCAGAACAAGAUUUGAAUGGAGUCCUCUGGAAAU